CAGGAGCCUCAAGUAGACGGAAAUGCAACGGGACAAGGCCAGCAACGCUGUCGGGGCUGAAAAGCCAGACCGGGAGGCCGCCAUCAUGUCGAAAUACUACGACGGGGUUGAGUUUCCUUUCUGUGACGAGUUCUCCAAAUAUGAAAAGCUCGCCAAAAUCGGCCAGGGGACAUUCGGGGAAGUUUUCAAAGCAAAGCACAGACAAACUGGAAAGAAAGUUGCACUGAAGAAGGUUUUGAUGGAAAAUGAGAAAGAAGGGUUUCCGAUCACAGCUCUGAGAGAGAUCAAGAUCCUGCAGCUUCUGAAACAUGAGAAUGUUGUGAAUCUGAUUGAGAUUUGUCGAACCAAAGCCACUCAGUUUAAUAGAUACAAAGGGAGCAUCUACCUGGUGUUUGACUUCUGUGAGCAUGACCUGGCAGGGCUUUUAAGCAAUGCAAAUGUCAAGUUCACCUUGGCAGAGAUAAAGAAGGUCAUGCAGAUGCUACUCAAUGGACUAUACUACAUACACAGGAACAAGAUCCUUCACAGAGACAUGAAGGCAGCCAACGUGCUCAUCACCAGAGAUGGUGUACUGAAACUGGCGGAUUUUGGUUUGGCACGGGCAUUCAGUCUGGCCAAAAACAGCCAGGGGAACCGCUACACUAACCGUGUGGUCACCCUCUGGUACAGACCCCCAGAGCUGCUGUUAGGUGAACGAGACUAUGGACCCCCAAUUGACCUUUGGGGUGCAGGCUGCAUCAUGGCGGAGAUGUGGACCAGAAGUCCCAUUAUGCAAGGGAACACUGAGCAGCACCAGCUUACGCUUAUCAGCCAACUUUGUGGAUCCAUCACUGCUGAGGUGUGGCCUGGUGUGGACAUGAAAUAUGAGCUCUAUCAGAAAAUGGAACUACCUAAAGGCCAGAAGAGGAAAGUCAAGGAUAGGCUCAAAGCCUAUGUUAAAGACCCUUACGCCCUCGACCUAAUUGACAAGCUGCUGGUUCUAGACCCAGCACAGCGCACAGACAGCGAUGAUGCACUCAAUCAUGAUUUCUUUUGGUCUGACCCCAUGCCAUCUGAUCUUAAGAACAUGCUCUCUGCCCACAAUACUUCCAUGUUUGAAUACCUGGCCCCACCCCGACGGAGAGGACAUAUGCCCCAGCAGCAGCCUAAUCAUAACAGAAAUCCAGCUACCACAAGCCAGACUGAGUUUGAUCGUGUAUUUUAGUUGAGCAACAAGAAAAUAUCUUGUCAAUCAUGUUGUUUUAACUGACUUUUUUAUAUUCUACAAAGAACAUUACCAGGGCAGUGUUUACAUUGUGAUGUUUACUGGGGCUGUCAAAAUUGGCCAAAAAUCACCUUCGGUUAUCCCUUCUGAAAAAACAUAGGUUCGAACCCAUUUGAAUAUAUUUUUGCGCAUUAUGUCCAUAAGAGGGCAAACCAACACAACGAGAGACAUAAGUACUUGUACAGGUAUAUUUAUUUCAACUAAAGAUCUACUUACCUACACAUUACAAAAUAAACAAAUAAAAUAAUGUCCUAUACCGUAAAACGUCAUGUGCCCUCAGGUCACUAGUCAAGUCAGUUUUAUUUUUACAGCCCAAUAUCACAAAUUAUACUUGUGCCUCGGGGGGCUUUACAGCACACUCACAUCUGAUAAGGAACAACUCCCUAACAACCCUUUAACAGGGAUAAGCAACAGGAAGAAAGCUCAGGGAGAGCACCAGAGGAGGACCUCUCCCAAGGCGCACAACAUGACAUGAUGUUGUGUUUACACAAUUUACAAAAUACAGCACUGAAAGAGGAUGAUGAUGGAAUUAAAAACUAUAUGAAGAACAUGUUGAGGAGGAUGCCAAGCAGUGUCCAGAUGUCAGCAGAACAGCCCAGGGCCGAGCCACGUGACCACCAUCACCAAGUUAAAAAAAACAGUCACACGUCUUAGUGAGAGAAGGAUACAACAUUGAAACAGGAUAAAAAAAAAUAUGGAUUUGUAAGAUUUUUAAAGAGAAAAUGUGAUGAGGGGGAUGCCAAACAGUGUCCAGGCGGGGGACCACCAUCACCAUGGAGACCUGGGAGGAGGACAGACAGCUGGUGCACAUAGGGGAGACUCACAUCAUACCAUUCACACACACAGAAGAGGAGAAAGGAGAAGAUAUCAUUCAGAGAGAAAAGACGUGAGAGAAGAGAACAGUUUACACUAGUCUAUAAUCUAUAAUCUAUACUCUAUACUCUAUAAUCUGGUCAGCAGAACUGCUACAACUACUACUACUUUUGGCUGCUCCCAUUAGGGGUCGCCACAGCGGAUCAUCCGUUUCCAUUUCUUCCUGUCUUCUGCGUCUUCCUCUGUUACACCAGCCACCUGCAUGUCUUCCCUCACCACAUCCAUAAACCUCCUCUUUGGCCUUCCUCUUUUCCUCUUUCCUGGCUGCUCCAUAUUCAGCAUCCUUCUCCCAAUAUACCCAGCAUCUCUCCUCCACAAAUGUCAAUCUUGUCUGUCGUGCUUUGUCUCCAAACCGUCCAACCUGAGUGGUCCCUCUAAUAUAAUCGUUCCUAAUCCUGUCCUUCUUCGUUAGCAUCUUCAACUCUGUCACCUCCAGCUCCACCUCCUGUCUUUUCAUCAGUGCCACUGUCUCCAAACCAUAUAACAUAGCUGGUCUCACAACCAUCUUGUAAACCUUCCAUUUAACUCUUGCUAGUACCCUUCUGUCACAAAUCACUCCUGACACUCUUCUCCACCCACUCCACCCUGCCUGCACUCUCUUCUUCACCUCUCUCCUGCACUCCCUGUUACUUUGGACAGUUGACCCCAAGUAUUUAAACUCAUAUGCCUUCGUCACCUCCAUUCCUUGCAUCCUGACCAUUCCACUGUCCUCCCUCUCAUUCACGCAUAGGUAUUCCAUCUUGCCCCUACUGACUUUCAUUCCUCUUCUCUCCAGUGCAUACCUCCACCUCUCCAGGCUCUCCUCAACCUGCACCCUACUCUCGCUACAGAUCACAAUGUCAUCCGAGAACAUCAUCGUCCAUGGAGACUCCUGCCUGAUCUCAUCUGUCAACCUGUCCAUCACCAUUGCAAACAAGAAAGGGCUCAGAGCCGAUCCUUGAUGUAAUCCCACUCCACCUUGAACCCAUCUGUCAUUCCAACCGCACACCUCACCAUUGUCACACUUACCUCAUACAUAUCCUGCACCACUCCUACAUACUUCUCUGCAACUCCCGACUUCCUCAUAAUACCACACCUCUCUCGGCACCCUGUCGUAUGCUUUCUCUAAAUCUACAAAGACGUAAUGCAACUCUUUCUGGCCUUCUCUAUACUUCUCCAUCAACAUUCUCAAAGCAAACAUCACAUCUGUGGUGCUCUUUCGUGGCAUGAAACCAUACUGCUGCUCGCUAAUCAUCACCUCUCCUCUUAACCUAGCUUCUAUUACUCUUUCCCAUAUCUUCAUGCUGUGGCUGAUCAACUUUAUACCUCUGUGGUUGCUACAGUUCUGCACAUCACCCUUGUUCUUGAAUAUCGGUACCAGUAUGCUUCUUCUCCACUCCUCAGGCAUCCUCUCACUUUCCAAGAUUGUGUUAAACAAUCUAGUUAAAAACCCCACUGCCAUCUAUCCUAAACAUAUCCAUGUCUCGUAUGUCAUCAGGACCAUCUGCCUUCCCACUCUUCAUCCUCUUCAUAGCUGCCCUCACCUCCUCCUUGCUAAUCCACUGAACUUCCUGAUUCACUAUCCCUACAUCAUCCAAACUUCUCUCUCUCUCAUUUUCUUCAUUCAUCAGCCCCUCAAAGUACUCCUUCCACCUUCUCAGCACACUCUCCUCGCUUGUCAGCACAUUUCCAUCUCUAUCCUUGAUCAUCCUAACUUGCUGCACAUCCUUUGUAGCUCAGUCCCAUGUCUAGCCGAUCGGUACAAGUCCUUUUCUCUUUCCUUAGUGUCUAACCUGUCAUACAACUCACCAUAUGCCUUUUCCUUUGCCUUUUUCACCUCUCUCUUCGCUUUACGCUGCAUCUCCUUGUACUACUGUCUACUUUCUUCAUCUCUCUGACUAUCCCACUUCUUCUUUGCCAACCUCUUCCUCUGUAUACCUUGCUGUACUUCCUCAUUCCACCACCAAGUCUCCUUGUCUUCCUUCCUCUGUCCUGAUGACACACCAAGUACCUUCCUAGCUGUCUCCCUCACUAUUUCUGCAGUGGUUGUCCAGCCACCCGGCAACUCUUCACUACCACCCAGUGUCUGUCUUAACUCCUGCCUGAACUCCACACAACAGUCUUCCUUCUUUAACUUCCACCAUUUGAUCUUCGGCUCUGCCUUCACUCGCUUCUUGGUCUCCAAAGUCAUCCUUACAGACCACCAUCCGAUGCUGCCUAGCAACGUUCUACCCUGUCACCACCUUGGAGUCUCCAAUCCCUUUUAGAUCGCGUCUUCUACAUAAGAUAUAGUCCACCUGUGUGCACUUUCCUCCACUCUUGUACGUCACCCUGUGUUUCUCCCUCUUCUUGAAAUAUGUAUCCACCACAGCCAUUUCCAUUCUUUUCGCAAAACCGACCACCAGCUGUCCUUCCACAUUUCUCUCCUUGACUCCAUACCUUCCCAUCACCUCCUCGUCACCUCUGUUCCCUUCACCAACAUGUCCAUUGAAGUCUGCUCCAAUCACCACUCUCUCCUCCUUGGGUACCCUCUCUACCACGUCGUCCAACUCUCUCCAGAAUUCUUCUUUCUCUUCAAUCUCACACCCAACUUGCGGGCAUAUGCGCUGAUAACAUUCAGCAAUACACCUUCAAUUUCCAGCUUCAUACCCAUCACUCUGUCUGACACUCUCUUCACCUCCAGCACACUCUUGACAUAGUCUUCCUUCAGAAUUACCCCUACCUCAUUUCUCCUCCCAUUCGCACCAUGGUAGAAGAGUUUGAACCCACCUCCAAUACUCCUGGCCUUACUCCCCUUCCACCUGGUCUCUUGCACACACAGUAUGCCUACCUUUCUUCUUUCCAUCAUAUCAGCCAGCUCUCUCCCUUUACCAGUCAUAGUGACAAUAUUCAAACUUCCGACUCUCACCUCUACUCGCCUACCUUUCCUCCUCUCCAGCUGCCUCUGGACAUGCCUUCCCCCUCUCCUUCUCCUUCGCCCAACAGUAGCAUAGUUUCCACCGGUACCCUGCUGGUUAAACAGUACCGGUGGCGGUCGUUGGUAACCUGGGCCUCGACCGAUCCGGUAUGGAAAUUUUAUUUAUGAUCCGCAUAUCUGAUUUGGCAAAGAUUUUACACCGGAUGCCCUUCCUGACGCAACCCUCCCCAUUUGUCCGGGCUUGGGACCGGCACUAAGAAUGCACUGGCUUGUGCGUCCUCAGUGGCUGGGUUUAUCUGGUCAGCAGAACUGUGGUCGGUAAAUUCACUGAGACAGAAACCAACCCACCAUGCAGUACAGGUUGUGAAGCACUCAAAGACAACUAACUGUAGGCCAAAGCAAAAAGAUGAGUUUUAAGUCUGGAUGUAAAGGACGAGUGGUGGAAUGGUAGAAUAGCUGUAACUUACUGUAGUUUACAUAGCUUGCAUACGACUUUAUCGCGAGGCUCCACAGUUUUUCCGUUUUCUGACCAAAAGCCCGACUGUUUCCAAACGGGGCGUUUCAGAUUGUUCAGAGUGGAAACCGCUCUUUCUGCGGCCGAGCUGGUGUGAACUCUCUGCCAUCUCUACCACAUGGCGGUUGUUGAAUUAUUCACUCGUUUCAUGUUCAACCAAUGACAGUGACGAUGUGGGACUCGUGUCCGCCAUGCAGCGUAUUCAGUGCAUCGGCCAAGGCUCUCGCAAGAUUUCGCAAGGCAGACGUCCGAAUUUGGACUAUUCAUUGUCAGCCCUAGUGUCACUGCCUUUGUCUUUGUCUAGGGGUUUUACAUCCAAACGUCGUCUCUUUCAUUGCCUCUUGGAGCGUUGACAACACAGCCAAGACAGUAUUCCAGACUUACAGUAUUCCAGACUUAAACUCUCCCACAAUACUGAUGGUUCCAAGUUGAAAGACCGAUAUUUGCACACAGAUGGAAUAAUGGUACACUCGUUAUCUACAAAGUUGUAAAUACUUUCACCCUGGCACCAACUAACUCCAACACUUACAUAAAGGAAUUUAAAGACUGACCACAUGCUGAACAAAUUCUUGUUCUAAAAAUCUGUAAUAUCAAUAUUGAACUGCAUACUGUCUAAUGUAGUUUUUAACAAGCUGUACUUUAAUGUGUACUUUAAUGCUUUUAUGACUCACUCGGUAACAAUGAAUUGUAGAGUGAUACGUUUUUUGUUUUUGUUUUUUUACAUUUCAAAUACUAUGUUGACCAUGAAUAAACUUGAUGUAGGUGUAACCUGUGUAUAACCUUCCCCUUGUGGUAGGAGAUCUAUGCUGCUGAUCCUGGGUUUACUAUCUACAGUAGCUAAAUCUGGGGUUCUCUAAAGUGUCGUAGUCCAAUCACAGGUGUAUUCAGUUUCUAUGUUAAGUAAAUUCACUAGGUCCGGUACAGAGAUUAGCGGUAGCGGGCUACCAAGAGAGAAGACCACCAGCCCACACAAAAAACACACAAUUUUUAACUGUUGUUUGGGUCCUUUAGAUCAGUCCUCCAUUAAACCUAGCAAUCCAUCUAAAUCUAGAAUUCUAAAGUUAUUAAAGCUUUUCUUCAUGAAUUUUCUGUGCCAGACCCCUGGCGUUUUUUUUAAACCAACCCCAAAGGUAGUAGGGAGUAUACGUGUUUUCCCCUGUCUAUCAUGCUUACACCCACAUUGAUUACUUUUUCCCAGACAAUAAACUCGU